CGCGAAUGCAGCACAAGGCGGCAACAGCCAGAGGUGAAAAGUCUGGAUCAUGUUUCGCUCCAGUGGAGGCACACUUGAACCACAAAGGGUGCUGUAAAGAAAGAUCAGCUGGGUGAUUUAUACAGCGGGACGAGCUUGUGGCUGCACAAAGAAACGAUAUUGAUGUUGUUUUUAACCAACCAACUAACACCAGCUGAAUUUGCUAGCCAGCCAGCUAGCUAACGGAGCAGCCAGUCCGUUAACCUCCACCGCCGUCGCUCCUUGGCCAGCUGUGCGUCGCCUCGUCUUCCUACAAUGGGAAACACAGCAACUGCCAAGAAAGGCAAUGAGCAAGAAAGCGUGGUAUCAACUGGUCACAAGGACCCCAUGAUAAGAAGCAACUUAAUAGUGAAAGAAUUCUUAGCUAAAGCCAAAGAAGAUUUUUCAAGAAAAUGGGAAAGUCCGCCACAGUGCACAACAGGCCUGGACGACUUUGAUAGGUUCAAGACUCUUGGCACCGGCUCAUUUGGGCGAGUUAUGCUUGUCAAACAUAAAGGAACAAACCAGUUCUACGCCAUGAAGAUCCUGGACAAACAGAAAGUGGUGAAAUUGAAGCAGAUAGAACACACGCUAAAUGAAAAAAGAAUACUACAGGCAGUCUCCUUCCCCUUUCUGGUUAGAUUGGAGUACGCUUUCAAGGACAACUCAAACCUCUACAUGGUGAUGGAAUACGUGCCUGGAGGAGAGAUGUUCUCGCACCUCAGACGCAUUGGAAGGUUCAGUGAACACCAUGCACGAUUUUAUGCAGCUCAGAUAGUACUCACUUUUGAGUACCUCCACUCAUUAGACCUCAUCUACAGAGACCUGAAGCCUGAAAAUCUGCUCAUAGAUCAGCACGGUUACAUCCAGGUCACAGACUUUGGCUUUGCUAAAAGAGUAAAAGGCAGGACCUGGACAUUAUGUGGAACUCCUGAGUACUUGGCUCCAGAAAUCAUCCUCAGCAAGGGCUACAACAAAGCUGUGGACUGGUGGGCACUUGGAGUCCUUAUCUAUGAGAUGGCUGCUGGUUACCCUCCAUUUUUUGCUGAUCAGCCUAUCCAGAUCUAUGAAAAGAUUGUGUCUGGCAAGGUACGAUUCCCCUCUCACUUUAGCUCCGAUUUGAAGGAUUUGUUGAGAAACCUACUUCAGGUAGACUUGACAAAGAGAUUUGGCAACCUGAAGAAUGGUGUGAAUGACAUAAAAAAUCACAGAUGGUUUUCAACAACAGACUGGAUUGCCAUCUAUGAGAGGAAGGUUGAAGCCCCCUUCUUGCCAAAAUGCAGAGGUCCAGGAGACACAAGCAAUUUUGAUGACUAUGAAGAAGAGGACAUUCGUGUGUCACAAACAGAAAAGUGUGCAAAAGAGUUUGCUGAAUUCUAGUGAGUGAGCAACGUUCCCAUCAGGGCUCACUUGGGAUAUUUGCACUCUUGAGGGUUGAUGUGGACCUGAGGGCGUCAUGUGUUCAAAAUGCCUAGCUCCUUCAUUCCACACAUCUAAAUGAGGUCUUUGCUAUGAUCCUUCUUGUGUGAUUUAGCACUAAUGCAUACACAACCACAUUAUGCAGACAACCCUUGUGCUGCACCAUGAAAAAAAAAACAACUACUAGCCAAUAUUCCCAUCAUAUGUUUUUCUCUUUUUUUUCUUCUCUUUUUCUAUUUACACCCUUAGAAUAUUGAUGUCUUAUUUAAAUUUGGGUAAUUAUUUCAAAAGCAGCCUGAAGGUUAUUUCAGUGAGUGAUUGUAUAAGCUAGAUGCACACUUUGUGUUUUAAUCUUUUGGAAAAUGGGUUUAACCUUCUGGUUCCAACAUCAAACGUUUUUCUGUUGUCAUGUUACAUGUCAGUGUUUUAUGGGUUCAGUCCACGUACUUUAUUUAAUCACAGAACAUUUUGACUUGUCUCUGUGGCCUAGAAAUAUACAUUUGUGCAUACGGAGCUAUAUAUAUAUGCAACA